CAUUUUGGUAAUCUCCAUGUUUGCAGUAGACAGAAUGGUUCGUAUGGCACUGUAGGUUAGUGUUGGACCGGUUUCUAAGCAACGGAAGUUAUAUUGUAAAAGUUGUGUGCGUGCCAGCAUUUACUACUUUAAGAUUUUGAACUAUUAUUUCUUCUUGCCUAUUAUGGAGUUCAGUUACGACGAGAAUUUGGAUGAAAAUUCGUUUUUUCAAAUUCUGAAAGCUGAUCAUAAUGAUCUGUUUCUGAAAGCUACACUGGAAGGUUGGGUUAUAUGCGUCCCUCGGUCAGGGUCGUUGCCGAAAUAUACGCUUACUGAUGAGGACUUCUUCAGCCACAUUCUUAUUCCAAGUGAUGAACUGCCAGAAAGUCAUUUUAGGACGCUAAACGGUAAGGAUGUGAAGAUGUCAAACAAGUUAAUAAUUGUGGAACAGACCGAUAUUUCCCGACCAUAUAGUACACACAUUCUGUUUGAAGAAACAUUUUAUACAAAUGACCUUUUGAAGUACAAAGUUUUGUGUGUAGAAAGCCCUCUGGAAAGACACACAGACUUCAGUUGUGCACAGAAUGAUGAAACAAGAAUUGUAACUGUCCGUACUUUGCGAGACUGUAUAGACCUUCUGUGGACACAGAGUGCUGGAAGAGAAGUAUUGGAAAAGAUGGAUGAAGUAAUUCUAAAUUUUCUUUCUCUUAACAGCAGUCUUGAACUAGAACCUCUUCAAGUUCAGAAGGAUCUUGUUGGAGCGUUAUAUGUGUCAUGCUUGCAGAUAGCAUUAAAAGAUGCUCGUCUUCGAGAAAAAACUGGUGAAGAUAAACAUCUGUUAGAAAAUAUUAAACUUUCAGUUGAAACAUAUGUUCACCAUACAAUUUAUAAGAAGCUCAUAAAAGGUAUAACAGCCUGCACUGCUUAUGAUGACGCAUCUCUAAAUAAAGUUGUGCGUAACCUCUCUGAUAUUCAGUUACGAGAUCUUGAAGUGAGAUCUGAUUUGUACGAGACAGUUCCAAGAGCUAAGCAAGAAUUAGCAAGAAUAGAAGGCUAUAGUACUGUUCUUGGGAAGAUCGGUUGCUUGAGACGAGUGAUAGCAUCCAUUUCAAAGUCAAAUCCUGAUGUCAGUGGUAGAGAGAGGAUGAGUGGAAAUCUUAUUACUGCAGAUGAUUUAUUGCCAUUGAUUGUGUUUCUUAUAAUUAAAACAAAUCUUCCCAACUGGGUUGCUCAUCUGACAUAUAUGAAGCAGUUCCGGUUUUCUUCCUGUUAUGCUUGUCAUGUCGAUGAAUACAGUUUCCUUAUUACCACGCUCGAAGCUGCAAUUGAGCACAUAAAGUCUGGCAUUCUUCUUGGCUCUUCAGUUCCUGAAGCACAGUACGUUUAUGAAAGUCAAAGUAACGAAGAUGGCUGUAAUACAUUGGGUAUGAAAAAUACAAAAAUGAAUAAAAAUGGAAGGUUAGCGACAGUUGAAACAUCUUGUGUAACACACUUCUUUGAUCAAAUUAGGUUGGGCAAUAUUGAAAAAGUUAAGGAAAUACUGUCAAAAAAUCAGAAAUGUCCUGGCAACAGAUCAGUAAGCAGUAACGAGGACUUGCUUCCUCAUCUUUGUCAUCCUCUGUGUUCCUGCGACAAAUGUGAAAGUCUACUUAAUAAACGUCUUUGUGAUACAACUCCCACAAUUAAUUCAUGUGAUGAUAAAGGCUUUACUGCUCUUCAUGUUGCCUGUCUCUUUGGUCGUCCCCUUAUUGUGGACGAGCUGCUUUGCUCUGGAUCAAAUAUAAAUGCUUUAGACUACAGUGGCUCAACUCCCCUUCACUACACAGCAGCAAAAGGUCAUCAGAAUGCAUUACUUCUGCUACUUCAUUCAGGAGCUGUAAUUAGUAUUUGUGACAAUGAUGGCAAUACUCCCCUUCAUCUAGCCUCCAACAAUGGCCAUGAAGUGUGUGUCAAAGCGUUGUUAUACUUUGCAGAACAUACAGGCUCAAAAUUGGACGUGAACUCUCAAAAUACCAAUGGUGAUACGCCUCUUCAUCGUGCAGCACGAUGGGGAUAUGAGAGUAUAGUGCAGAUAUUAUUGGAGUAUGGAGGACGUCCAGAUGUGAAAAAUAAACGUCAUCUAACACCGAUGGACAUUGCUCACAACCUUCACGUUUCAAAAUUGCUCAUUAAUAUGAAUAAAACUCUCUGUAAUGUAAAGUCUGAGACAUGUCACAAGGAAUUAAAAAAUUGUUCAGAUGAAGUGUACGUUGAUAUUGUAGCUGGUACUAAACCAACAUUAGAUUUCAUGGAUGAUAGCAUAAAGUCAUCAAAUGGGCUUGGGAAUAAACCAAGGAAGAAACAACAUGGUAUUCACCCUCAGUCAACAGAACAAAUGAAGAAAGUGGAGAGACUGUUGCAGGCAAUUGCAUAUGGUGACAUAAGAUUAGCGUGUUUUUAUUUGGGUUUGGAUGGUCCUGUUUCAGCUUCAAACAGUUGUGAAGUGCAUCUGCCAUCAAAUGUCAAAUCUCUUUGCCAUCCAUUGUGCACUUGUGAGAAAUGCAAGCCGGAUGACAGUGAUCUUUUUGAGGAUGACAUAAAGCUAGAUAAAGACAUUUUAAAUAUCAACAUUUGUAAUUCUGAUGGUUUUACUCCUUUGCACAUAGCAUCAAUGCAGGGACAUGUUGAUAUGAUGAGGCUUCUGCUUGAUGCCGGUGCUGGGAUCAAUGUUGUGACUGGAACGAAAGGUGCGACCCCACUGCAUCUUGCCUGUCAAAAUCAGUGUAUCCAAGCUGCAAAACUUCUGCUUGAGUCUGGGGACUGCGAUCCUGAUAUUCAAGAUUCUGGAGGGAAUACAGCGUUGCAUUGUGCGAGUUUCACAGGAAACUCGAGAUUAGUAGAACUGAUUCUGAAACAUAGUCCUAUUCUGGAUAUCAGAAAUUCCAAUGGUAAAACACCACUGGAUGAAGCGGAGGAAAAGAAGUCACUGGCAGUUGUACACCUACUCAGGGAUGAAAAACCCAGCAUUUCCCUUCCUUGGGAAGAAAAGGAAGAAGCAUAAGUUUGACAGCUACUUACUCUAGCCUUGUCUUUAAACACUGGUAACUUCCAUAAGAUAAACUUACAGAAAAGGGUAGCACUUUAAUUAAAAUAAUGUUCUUUGAUGCAUAGUUUUGCUGCUCUUGCUGGAUGGUGAAAUGUAAGAAAACAGUAUAAUUAUUUGAGUUUAACAUCACUACUGUUAUAUUGUACAAUGUGAAAGUAUCAGAGUAGGAAACUAAAAUAAAAACUGAUUACCAUAUUUAAGAUAUUUUGAAAUGCGCCGAUUCAAGUGUCAUUAGCUACUUUGACACCUGUAAAAUGGUAAUUGGAUGAAAGUUGAAAUAAUACAAUUAUUGGGCUGUGUAUGUACCUAGACAAAACAUUUUAGAUAAUUCUGAUUUUGAUGUAUUUACUUUUACGUCUUUGAAUUUUGUAUGGACAGAAUCAGGUUAUAUGGUAAAGUGUUAAUACAGCAAUACUGAAUGUGUUUUUUCUAAAAAAGCAAAAAUGUAAUAACUCAUUCCAGGUGGUUUAUACCAUUAUAUGCAUAUUUCCAUAAUAAUAAUACUGAGAUUGUUUUCUAUGAGAAAUAUAAUUUAUGCCCUCUUAUUAAGUUAAACAACAUAACUAUCUUCACUGAACUUGUUCCUCAAGAGCUAACAGACAUAUAUAAUAUUGUUAAAAAUAUUCCUUGCAUGCAGUGUUGUUUCCUCCCCCCAUACUCAAAAAAAAUGUUGUUUUUUCUAGUAAUUACCUGUUUUAUGGAGCCCAUGUUCAUUACUAUAGAAGCCCACUGUAGGGUUCAGCUCUAAGAAGCCCAUAACUAACAUUUUCAAGACUUGAAUUUACCUGCAGUUAUUAUUCAGUGGUACAUGAUAAAUCUGGACAGAAAUCAAGCUUCUUAAUAAUGCCCAUUAAUGGUGAAGUAGUUGUCGCAUUAUUUGAAGUUUUGUGGCUGUGACUAUAAACAUUAAUAACUAGUGGGAUGCCAAGGCCAGCACUGAAGAUGGUGGCAGUAUGUUCCUCGGAAACAGCUGUAAUGAUUAUUGGCACUGCCAACCGCCUUCAGAAGAACACGAGUGCUACAACACAGCUGACCCAGCUUAAUUCUCCAUACAGCGGUAUACAAUCCAAACUUACACUGUCAUCUCUUGAAUUCCAGAAAGUGGAGAUGGUUUCGCUUGGUGGCAUUUGUGUAAUAAUCAGAUAAAUGAAUUGUGAUUUGAUAUAGAAGUUAGUGUAGCCAUAAUGCUGUAGGUCUGUAUUUGUAAUGUGCCUUGUUCAAAUCUUGUCUGAAACACUGACUAUCCUGACUGUGCUUGUUCAUGGUUUUCCUCAGGCCCUCCAGAUAAUUGUUAGGAUAGUACCUCAACUACACCAUGACUGUUCCCUUCCAUAUAGAUGCCAGUUUAUCAAUCACCCUGUCAUUCAAUCCUAUAUCAUCUAGAUAUUGACAAUGAAAACAAAACCACAAAAUAAUUUGAAAGUUCCGAGAAAUGUGUGUUUCUUUCUGAUUGAGGAAUGUUGCCAAAGUGUGGAGUUGAACCUGUAGCUUUCUGCUUUCUUGUCCAUUUCCUCUUCCAAGCAGAUGUGAAACAAAACUGAGGAUCUCCAUGGAGCACAAGUUUUUUAGGUUCAUUAUUGUGCUUGAAGAGCUUGCCACUGGAACCUAUCCUAAGCCAGAUAGGUCUAGCCCACAUUGCCCAACCCUGUUUCUUUAAGAUACAUUUUAAUAUGAUGCUACUGCUGAUUCCCAAGCCUCCUAAGUGGGGUCCUUAAAAUUUUCUGACCAAAUUUUUUAUACACAUUCAUUAUUUCAUAUAAAUGGAAACAGGCAAGUAAUAUCUUUAUGCACCUUACCUACUGAUAAGAAGUAUGUUGUAGGUUUGAUUCCUAGCCUGGGGGAGCAGUUUUCAGUUGAGUUAUGGGCAUACUGUAAUUAAAUAAUCAUAAUAGAAGGGCAUCUGAACUAUAGAAAUUAAUUUUUAAAAAAUAAUGUUUUCAGAACAUUUUUCAAACUGAUAUGUUAAUAGUACCUGAUGACUUUCAUUUAAUUGUGCUGGUUUAUUUACAGUUUUGAUUCUUACAUUCCAUAUUUUGUGUGUUUAUUGUAAUGGCUGCUCUAGUACUGUCAGGGAUGUGAAAAUUCACAUUUCAUGAAUGAGUGAAUUUUUAAUUGCCUAGCAGAAGACAAGUGAGAAAUUGAAGAUUGUUUAAUGACAGACUUCUUUGACCAGGGAAGAGAUUUUCAGCCCCAAAUCACAAACCAAAUUGUACAGUUACUGCCUCCCACAUUGAGACACCUUCAUGGUUGUUAUUUGGUUUUUGGUAAACAGCACUGCAUUGGGACAAUUUUCUCAUGUUUCUUGUCUUUCUGUGACACUUAUCCAUACUAAAGAAUCUUCUGUGACUGCAUUAUUAACUGAUAAGAUUAUGAGCAUACAUAAAAAGGGGUCUCUGGUUUUAAUAUUUGCUGUUUCUUUCAUGUGUUGGCCCUCAAUUAAGAAUGCAGUAGUCUGAAGAAAAAAAUACUUGUUAUGUAUAUUAUUCUAGUCAGUAAUAACACUUUGUUUCUUAAGACUGCUUUCUUCACUUUGUUUCUUAUUUACAUGUGCUUCAAAAUAUAAAGGAGCUUAAGUUUUUCAGGCUGUGGAAUAUAAAUCUUCAUUUUGUGGACAUACAAUUCACGGAUUUUCAUGUUAAACACAGGAACGAUUAAUAACCUUUCCAGUGUGUGUAAUAAACUUAAGCAAAAGCAUAUUGUAACAUGCUAAGCAUGGAAUCCUUCCUACCUUGCACAGCCGUUCUCUUUUCAGUAGUGUGUUUUAUUGCAUACUAUACUCAGCAUUAGAAUUUGAGGCAUUUGUUCUGAGACCUACUAAUCAGGGCCUAAACCAUUAGAUUUCUUUAAAAUUUGAUGUUGGAUACUUUCACUAAAAGUGUAAAGUUGUUCUUCCUUGUACUGAAGUGACUUACCAUUUUAGAAGUAGAGGGAAAUGGAGGUAUAGCUCUGUGAACAAAAUUGUAAUUCCUCAACUUUUAGCUUCUUCUGUAUAUGAACCUGAAGACUAAGAAGACUGAAUAGGUGAUUUUCAUUGUUGGUUCUGUGCACAUCAAGAAAAAGAAAUCUACAAGGCUAAGUCAAUAAGUAAGUCACAAAUGGAUAUAGAACUUAAAUAAGAGUAC